AUGCCUCCUCUCUGCAACUUGCCUCUCAAAUCCCACGACGAAGCAGAAGAAGAAUCAUGGCUGGAUACGAUGACGAAGGUCAUGGAAGAACACAACGACGAAGGUGGUGGUGCGGCGGAACUAACUCUAUUGUUCUACUCUGAAUUAUUGGAUGCAGUGAUACUGCAGCAGUCUCUUAAGCUUGGUAAAGGCGGGUCAACUGCUGCAACGGUGAUACCAAUAGAUAGUCAAAAGCUAAUGGUUGCUAAAUUUGGAGACUCAAGGGCAGUGAUGUCUAGGAAUGGAGUUGCACAUCAGCUCUCAGUUGAUCAUGAACCAAGUAAUGAGAGGAAAUACAUAGAGAAAAUAGGUGGCUUUGUAUCCAAUAUUCCAGGGGAUGUUCUGCGAGUGGAUGGGCAGCUAGCUGUUGCUAGAGCGUUUGGAGAUAAAAGAUUAAAAAUACAUCUGUGUUCAGAACCAGACAUUACUCACCAGGCGGUUGGAGACCAGAAUGAGUUCGUUGUUUUUACUAGUGAUGGUAUUUAG